CGCUGUUCCCUAUCCCUCUCUUUGCUGCUCACAGGCCGUCCAUCGCUUCGUCUGCUUCUGUCCUCAUGGCCGCCUUCUUCUGGCCAGGUAUUAGAAGAGAUGGUGAAGGUAUUAGGUCGAAGUGAGCUCUUUGGAAUUGCAUAACCUGAGGCGGUGGUUAUGAGUGAGGAAGACGCAUGUCUGUUGAUUAGGGCUGGAGUGCGUAGUUAGGGGUUUUAAGUGGCUGAUAUGGCCUGUCGCAGUGUACCGUAAACAGUGGUCUGGGCUAGUUUGGCGUUUGAAGCGGAGGAAAUUCACGUUGGAGAGAAGAGCUGGAAUGUCCACAGAGAUUUGGCGUGGUGGUGGAAGUCUGGUGCGUGGUAAAAUAAAAAAAUGAAAUAAAAAUAAAAAUCUAGUCUAAUGAUAAUCGGUGUGACUUUGACAAGGAUAGGGAUUGGUACAUAAGUGUGUUCAUUUUGUAUCGCUAUGUUUCUAUGGGUGGAUAUCGCAGUCGAUUGCAAUUCUUGGGCAUGGUAGCAUUAGGGUUUGCGACGUUAUUGGGUUAGGGUCCGUUCGCGGCCGAGGGAGUGUCGGGGUUUAAUGGUUUUUGGUUUGACGUCGCACAUCUCUCAGAGUCGUAGUUCUGUCUAAUUUUCUUUCAACCCUUGAGAUCGUCCUCCAUCCUUUUGCAGUCUUCAGUACGAGAUGGGCUGAAAUAGUACUAGAAUUCCCUGAACUCUUCAUUGGAUUUUUCUGCAAGGUCUCUCGUUGCUAUGUAGUGUUCAGCUUUUGUGGGUCGAAAGCUGAAACAGUGAGUGGAAGGUGAUGCCAAGGCCAGUUCGAUUCAUACGCUACUUGUGUUGAUAACGGGUGUAGAAGUGGCCGGGCGUUAUUUUCCCUGGUGUGCUUGCGAAGUGUGAGUUGUUGUUGUGUUUACAUUUCGUCAACACUUGGGCAUGUACAUUGGGACAGUAGCAACUCGCGAGGCGGGGUUAGCUUCGCGUGUCUUCUUGAAAAUCCUCCAAGAGGCAUUAUUCUCUCGUCAAUUUUGCUCUUGAAGAUUACUGACCUGCUCCUUGGGCUUAUUGUUGAGUAUCGUCUGCAACAAUAGUUUUUUGGGGUCAUUGGUCUCAGUAGAUUGUGACCUUGUUUGUAACGUAGGGUUGAUUUCUUGUGAUGUCGCUGACGUUGCCCAGUACGUUACAAGGAGAAUUGGCUAUGUGGUCCUGUGGUCGUGGGUGUGCAGGCUUAACGGAUGCGCUUGUCGUGUACUCACUCUUAGCCGUAGCAGGAGUUUCCUUUUCUUCCGUAGGCUGCAAUGUGUCGGUGUGCAGCGGCUGUAUCAAUAUUAAAUCAAGUGUUAUAGACGGUUGACACAAACAAGGUGUGGCACAUCUUCAAAGGGGGGGGGGGUGGGGCACAAUCAGUUAAGAUGCCGGGCACACAGGACCGGCUGUACAUCACGUAUUUUGCAGAUGAUAUUCCUGAGGUGCUGCCAGAGUAUGUUGCUUCGAAUAGCAAAUGCUAUCCCCGGGUGGGACAGGAACCUGCAGGCAUAUGCUUCCAUGAGGCGGCGAAGCGCGCUUUAGGUGUGGACAAAGAGUCCGUUGGGGCAGAGGAGGUUGUGCCAGAGAAAAAGGAUAAGAGUGGAGAGUCCCCUGCGGUAGAUUCUUACCAAUUCAAGGGUAAGAAGAAGUCUAAAGACGGGGUUGAAAGUCAGGACCAUUAUGCCUUGUUAGGUCUGAGCCACCUGAGGUUUCUGGCUACUGAAGACCAGAUUAGGAAGAGCUACCGAGAGUCCGCUUUGAAACAUCAUCCCGACAAGCAGGCCGCCCUACUUCUGACAGAAGAGACAGAGGAGAAAAAGGAGAUUAAGAAGGAGGAGAUUGACCGACACUUCAAAGCGAUACAGUUGGCAUAUGAGGUUCUGAUUGACCCUGUGAAGAGACGAGCUUACGAUUCGAUCGACGAAUUCGAUGACGAGAUUCCUAGCGAUUGCGCCCCUGGGGAUUUCUUCAAGGUAUUCGGGCCUGUCUUUGCUCGAAAUGGUCGGUGGUCGACGAUUCAGCCGGUUCCGUCCCUGGGUGACAAUGAGACUGACAUGGUUAGCGUGGAUAGUUUCUAUGUUUUUUGGUGGAGCUUCAAGAGUUGGAGGGAGUUCCCUCACGCUGAUGAGUUCGAUCUGGAGCAAGCCGAGAGUCGUGAGCACAAGCGGUGGAUGGAGAGGCAGAAUGCAAAGUUCCGCGAGAAGGCGAAAAAGGAGGAGAACGCUCGCAUUAGGUUAAUGACAGAGAACGCAUACAAGAAAGACCCCAGGAUUAUACGCAGGAAGGAGGAGGAGAAAGCAGAGAAGUUGAGGAAGAAACAAGCGAAGUUCCAAGCGAGGCGCGACAAGGAGGAAGAGGCGGCACGAGCGCUGGAAGAAGAGAGGCUACGAAAAGAGGAAGAAGACAAGAGAGCCGCUGAGGAGGCUUUUGUGCAGAAGAAGUUGAAGGAGAAGGAGAAGAAACUGUUGAGAAAGGAAAAGGCAAGGUUACGGGGAGUGGCAGCAGGCGUGGUGGCGAAGGAUGAGAGCGGGGUUUCUGAUGACGACGUGGAGAAGUUGUGCACUUCGUUGGAGAUAUCUCUUUUACGAGGGCUGUGCGAGAAGCUGGAAGGAAUAUGUGAGGUGGAGGAACAGGCGGAGUACCUGAGAAAAGUGAUAAGGGGUGCAGAGAGAAUCAUAUCGUCAGAUUCAGCUGCCUCAGGCACUCCCGUUCGAGUUGAUUCGAGCUCAUCUAUCUCUAGCCUUGAUGCUACUACAUCAAAGACGCAAGACAAGUGUGGAGUGGAGGUACUCGGAGAAAAAGGCAAGAAGACUACUACUUCCGUGACGGAGGAGAGGCCCUGGUCGAAGCAAGAAGUGGACUUAUUGAGGAAGGCCGUCCAGAAGUUUCCUAAGGGCACCUCGCAGCGUUGGGAAGUGGUUGCAAACUACAUAGGAACCAACCGAUCGGUGGAAGAAAUCCUGAGAGGCGUGAAGACCGUGCUCCUACAGAAACCGGACUCUUCGAAAGCUUUCGACUCAUUCUUGCAAAAGAGAAAGACAAGAAACGUGGUGAUAGACUCACCUCUGUCGACGAGGGAGGACGGUGUUGGCAAUGUUAAUAGCGGGGAAUUGCAUGGCACGAAAGUAGCGGGCAAUGGCACUGUAGGUGGUGAAAAGAUCCACGAAAGUAACUCGAAGCAGACAACGGCAGCAGAACAGUUAGCGGGUGGGAUGAAGAGCGAGAAUGGAGCAGAGCCGACAAAGGCUUCUCUGCAGUCUGUCCAAAGCAAUGGGGCAGCAGCGCAUGGAGCCGCGGCGGAAGUAGAGGGAUGGUCUGAGGCUCAAGAGGUGGCACUGGUGAAGGCCAUCAAAGCUUUCCCAAAGGAUACCGUCAACAGGUGGGACAGAAUCGCAACGGCCGUUCCUGGGAAGAGUAAGGCCCAAUGCUUCAAGAAGUUUGCGGAGUUGAGAGACAGUUUCAGGAACACGAAGAAGGCGGAUUGAUGCACAGUAUCAGGAAUCUUGUGAACUUGGUGAACCGCAGAAGCAUGAGCGCGAGUAAGAAAGAUUCUGGCAGUUUAUUUUUUUUUUUUGUGUUCGACAUUAGCCGUAGGAGUUGCAUCAACAAGGACGUAUGGAUUGGGGGAUGGGAGCGAAGGCCACAGUGUACAAUCGCUCCCUUAAGGGUGGAUGUCACGAUGAAAGCAGUUACUCUUCCCAUCUUGAAAGUUGCUACUCGGUACUACUGGGUGGUGAAGAUUUAUGCUGUUGCGAACAAACGCCCUAGUUUGAAAGCUGAUAAUUUUGUUAGGCGGUAGAUUAUUUCCACUCCACUUGGAUCGAGGUGCAGAGAGUAUAUCGAAGUAGUCGUUAUGCGAUGCACCUUGUUCCUGUAAUGCGUCGUCCUACCCUGCUCUCUAGAUGGAACGAGGACGUGACUUCGCUUUUCUACGACCCGAUGUCGGCUUAUCUUAUUCCUGUAAGUGUAUUGGUAUCUGGAUGAUACCUGAUUCAUUGGUAGACUGGAAAGAAGAGUUUACUCGAGCAGUUCACCCUUCAGCUUUUAGUAGAUGGGUACUGUGGAAGGGAUGUUGAUAGUCGAGAAUUGAUGUGCUAGUGAAGAAAACUGAGGAGCCUGUUUAUCAUGGCUAGUAAGAGGGUUGAUUGUACCAUUAUUUGCUGCAGGAGUGUGCACCUAAUUUCAAUUUUGGUGGGAGUACUGUUGAUCCAUUCUG